AUGGUGAGUAAUAGUAUGGUGAGUGAUGGGAUGGUUAGGGCUGGGAUGGUGAGUGCUGGGAUGGUGAGUGAUGGGAUGGUGAGUGCUGGGAUGGUGAGGGAUGGGAUGGUUAGUGCCCGGAUGGUGAGUGCUGGGAUGGUGAGUGCUGGGAUGGUGAGUGCCCGUAUGGUGAGUGCUGGGAUGGUGAGUGAUAGUAUGGUGAGUGAUGGGAUGGUGAGUGCUGGGAUGGUGAGUGCUGGGAUGGUGAGUGCUGCGAUGGUGAGUGAUCGUAUGGUGAGUGAUGGGAUGGUUGGUGCUGUGAUGGUGAGUGCUGGGAUGGUGAGUGAUAGUAUGGUGAGUGAUGGGAUGGUUAGGGCUGGGAUGGUGAGUGCUGGGAUGGUGAGUGAUGGGAUGGUUAGUGCUGGGAUGGUGAGUGCUGGGAUGGUGAGGGAUGGGAUGGUGAGUGCCCGGAUGGUGAGUGCUGGGAUGGUGAGUGCUGGGAUGGUGAGUGCUGGGAUGGUGAGUGAUGGGAUGGUGAGUGCUGGGAUGGUGAGUGAUGGGAUGGUGAGUGCUGGGAUGGUGAGUGAUGGGAUGGUUAGUGCUGGGAUGGUGAGUGCUGGGAUGGUGAGUGCUGGGAUGGUGAGUGCUGGGAUGGUGAGUGCUGGGAUGGUGAGGGAUGGGAUGGUUAGUGCUGGGAUGGUGAGUGCCCGGAUGGUGAGUGCUGGGAUGGUGAGUGAUGGGAUGGUGAGUGCUGGGAUGGUGAGUGAUGGGAUGGUGAGUGCUGGGAUGGUGAGUGCUGGGAUGGUGAGUGCUGGGAUGGUGAGUGAUGGGAUGGUUAGUGCUGGGAUGGUGAGUGAUGGGAUGGUGAGUUCUGGGAUGGUGAGUGCUGGGAUGGUGAGUGCUGGGAUGGUGAGUGCUGGGAUGGUGAGUGAUGGGAUGGUGAGUUCUGGGAUGGUGAGUGCUGGGAUGGUGAGUGCUGGGAUGGUGAGUGAUAGUAUGGUGAGUGAUGGGAUGGUGAGUGCUGGGAUGGUGAGUGAUGGGAUGGUGAGUGCUGGGAUGGUGAGUGCUGGGAUGGUGAGGGAUGGGAUGGUUAGUGCUGGGAUGGUGAUUGCCCGGAUGGUGAGUGCUGGGAUGGUGAGUGAUGGGAUGGUUAGUGCUGGGAUGGUGAGUGCUGGGAUGGUGAGUGCUGGGAUGGUGAGGGAUGGGAUGGUUAGUGCUGGGAUGGUGAGUGCCCGGAUGGUGAGUGCUGGGAUGGUGAGUGAUGGGAUGGUGAGUGCUGGGAUGGUGAGUGAUGGGAUGGUGAGUGCUGGGAUGGUGAGUGCUGGGAUGGUGAGUGCUGGGAUGGUGAGUGAUGGGAUGGUUAGUGCUGGGAUGGUGAGUGAUGGGAUGGUGAGUUCUGGGAUGGUGAGUGAUAGUAUGGUGAGUGAUGGGAUGGUGAGUGAUGGGAUGGUGAGUGCUGGGAUGGUGAGUGAUAGUAUGGUGAGUGAUGGGAUGGUGAGUGCUGGGAUGGUGAGUGAUGGGAUGGUGAGUGCUGGGAUGGUUAGUGCUGGGAUGGUGAGUGCUGGGAUGGUGAGUGAUGGGAUGGUUAGUGCUGGGAUGGUGAGUGAUGGGAUGGUGAGUGCUGGGAUGGUGAGUGAUAGUAUGGUGAGUGAUGGGAUGGUGAGUGCUGGGAUGGUGAGUGAUGGGAUGGUGAGUUCUGGGAUGGUGAGUGCUGGGAUGGUGAGUGCUGGGAUGGUGAGUGAUAGUAUGGUGAGUGAUGGGAGGGUGAGUGCUGGGAUGGUGAGUGAUGGGAUGGUGAGUGCUGGGAUGGUUAGUGCUGGGAUGGUGAGUGCUGGGAUGGUGAGUGAUGGGAUGGUUAGUGCUGGGAUGGUGAGUGAUGGGAUGGUGAGUGCUGGGAUGGUGAGUGAUAGUAUGGUGAGUGAUGGGAUGGUGAGUGCUGGGAUGGUGAGUGAUGGGAUGGUUAGUGCUGGGAUGGUUAGUGCUGGGAUGGUGAGUGCUGGGAUGGUGAGUGAUGGGAUGGUUAGUGCUGGGAUGGUCAGUGCUGGGAUGGUGAGUGAUGGGAUGGUUAGUGCUGGGAUGGUGAGUGCUGGGAUGGUGAGUGAUGGGAUGGUGAGUGCUGGGAUGGUGAGUGAUAUUAUGGUGAGUGAUGGGAUGGUUAGUUGGGGGAUGGUGAGUGAUAGUAUGGUGAGUGAUGGGAUGGUUAGUGCUGGGAUGGUGAGUGCUGGGAUGGUGAGGGAUGGGAUGGUUAGUGCUGGGAUGGUGAGUGCCCGGAUGGUGAGUGAUGGGAUGGUGAGUGCUGGGAUGGUGAGUGCUGGGAUGGUGAGUGAUGGGAUGGUUAGUGCUGGGAUGGAAAGCCUGUUAUCUGUGGAGCUACCCAACAACGUUCGCACACCCGCACAACAGCAGUGGGUUAGAGAUGAGGCAGCUGGAGUCCCUGCCGGAGCGGAUGACAAUCCGCUGAAGCUGUACUCAACGUUCGACAUCGAUGUAAGUAUUUGA